AUGCCUGGCCAAUGCAAUGUUCUACUCGCGGAAGCUUCCGUGCCUUAUGACAUUGUCUUGGAAAUGGACGAGAUUAACGAUGACUUUGCGGACACCGACGUGACUCUUGUCAUUGGAGCCAAUGAUACCGUCAACCCCAUCGCACUGGAACCAGACUCCCCAAUUUCUGGUAUGCCCGUGUUGCAGGCGUGGAAGAGCAAGGAGGUUAUUGUGAUGAAGCGUGGCAUGUCUAGUGGAUACGCCGAUGUUCCCAACCCGAUGUUCUACAUGCCCGGCACCAGGAUGCUUUUCGGAGAUGCAAAGGCCACGUGCGACGGUAAGUGUAUUUCUUGUUCGGUAUUGAGUCCUAUUCUAACUUCUGCAGCCAUCAAAGCAAACCUCGAGGCUCGUAUGUAG